CACAGCCGAAGAAGAAGAAAACGGAAGUGGAAAUAUGAAUGUCAAACUGUAGCAUGGUGAGCUGCGCUCUUCAGUUGAAAUGUCGGGGUUUUGUUUAUUCAGGAUAGUAACAUCGGCAGAAUGCAUCACAACCAAGUAUACAGCAGCGCUCUGCAGGACGGGCGUCCUCACUAGAGUACAGGUGUGCGGAUAUGCGAAGAAAGUUGUGGCAAAAGGAAAAGGUAAAGGUAUGACCAAAGACGAGCUUAAAGGUCCGGAGGUGUGUAAAGACCCCGUGAAGCUCACGUCUUAUGCAGUAGGAGCCAAUAUCUUCAAGCAAGGAGAAGACCCCAAACUAAAGCCUACAGAGGAAUACCCAGAGUGGUUGUUCCAGUUGAACCUGGGACCAGCCAAAAAGCUUCAUGAGCUGGACCCAGAAACCUGGGAGUACUGGAAGUGUCUGAAGAAGGAAAACAUGUGGCGUUUCAACAGACUAAACAAAGGAAAGAAGUUUUAGGCCUUCAGUCUUUCUAACAGUGUCUACGUUCCUGGAUGGCGAUGAACUUCAGACGUUGUGGAAUGAAUUGCUAUGAUAUUGACAUGAUGCAGGUCAGAAGACAAUGUUGAGGAAUAAAACAUUGUUGAAAUAAAUUUUGUAAUUUAUCCA